UUCAAAAGGAUUGGUUAAAAGUUCAAUGACUCUUUCAGGACUCUAUUGCUGAAACCAUUGUUGUCUUUGUUCAAACAAAGGCCUGUCUUGUAUCCCGAUAUAGCUCGGUCGGAUUUAGACUGCCAUGCCUUCAGGUUGUUCUGGAUAUAGAUCGAUUUCGUCUCAGCUCCUUGUAUUCGGAUCGAUUCAAUGAGCUAUCAUUGUCGUUAUCCUCAUGCUGAAGGCUUGAGUAGCUCUAUCUUUGGGAUAUAUAGACUGGCGGUUGGGACUCGCACUGGAUAUUGACAGCAAUCUCACAGCCAGCUAGCUACUAUCGAUCAGUCCACUAUUCCAAUCACUAUAGCUCUACAUCCCAACUCCACAAUAGCUUAUUCCUACAUUUGCAACCAUUCGUUGAACCAUGGCUCGAGUUAUAAAUACAGGACCCGGAGACACCGGUGCCAAAGUUGCUGGAACGGCCCAAAAGAGGCAGACUAGGUCUACCACCGCUGGAACUGCACAGGCAACCGCUGGACCAUCGACUGCGAAGGUGCCCAUCACUGGAAAGCAGGCUGCUCAACCUACUAGCUCAGUGGCCGGACCAUCGACAGGAAGAGUGCCUGCAGCUGCAAAGCAGGCUGCUCAACCUGCUAGUUCAGUGGCCGGACCAUCGACUGGAAAAGUGCCUGCCGCUGCAAAGCAGGUUGCUCAACCUCCUGGCUCAGUGGCCGGACCAUCGACCGCAAAGGUAGCUGCACCGACAGCUGCGAAGAAUGGAAAGCCCAAGCGUGGCAGACCUAGAACAGCAUGCUCACCAUGUCGCCGCGCCAAAAGGUCAUGUCCGCAUAUGAGAGAGGGGGAGGAAGAAGAAGAAGAGGAAGAGGAUGAUGAUGAUGAUGAUGAUGAUGGUCAGAAGAAGCUUUCUGAAAAGGCGAAGGGCAAACAGAAGAGAAAGCGUGCCGAUGACGAUAAUGAUGACGAUGACGAUGAUGAUGCUCCAGGCCCAAAACCAGCUAAGAAACGGGGUCGGCCUGCUAAGAAUCAAGCAGCUGUUGCUGGACCUUCAACCGUCCCUCAAACUGUUGCCGGUCCUUCAGGGAGUGCUCCUGCGCCUGCAGCACCUGCAAACUUAUCCAACCCACUGACGGCUGCCGGGCACAUCGUAACACACCAAUACAUGAGUCAGCAAUUAGGCCAGCGACUCGACGAGGCUGAGAAGAGAUGGAAAGAAGCCAUGGAGGCCAUGAUGAAGGCCAAGCAGGCUUUGGAUGCCUGGAAAGACUUCUACUUGAAGCACAAGGGAUCGCCCAGUUAGCCAAUCUCGGGCGGCGCCAGCUCAGCAGCUGAGCUCAGUUAGCAUGUAUAGAGCAUUUUUUUGCGGUGCAAUAGAGUUCGUUCAUUUCGUUUCACUUGGUGUCUUGGGUGACCUCGACCAUGAGAUCUCAGAGACGAAUUUGUGGCUGAUUGAGGUCUAUGAUUCGAAUAAUGUUCGGCGAAGCCAGAAUUACUCGGCAUAAGACUGGUGGCUUGCACAUGGCG